UACAAGUGGCUGCCACCACCAAGAACAUACACACCAACACAAGCGCUGACUUUCUUUCAACUGCUGUGCCGCUAAUUAGGUUCCACUCAAGCAAACUUCGCUUGCAUACAUUUGCACUCCACUCAGCGCAUUGAGUGAGUUGUGGCGCUUGGUUGAGCGACGGUCAGCGGCGUCGGAGGAAGCUGUCCCUGCGUGAUUAGUAUUCGUUACGGACGCGCCGCGAGUUAACACCUUGGCGUAACAACUCGGAUAGCUGCCGAGCCAAAGUAAAAUCGAGUGUAAAUAAGAAAAAUUAACGAAGAACGAGAAAACUGCCGACGGCGCCAACAAAACGCAAGUAAACGCGGAUAAUAGAGUGCAAUUUUGUUCGGGUUUGUCGCUAAAGCGCGUAAAAGUGCCCAGGAAGCGGAAGUGAUAAAAGUAAAGAUUCGAUAGCGAUAUUUUGCUAGCGUGUGUGAGCGUUGGAAGUUGAAAGCGCGACGAGCACACUGUUAGCGCUUUUGAAAUCAAAAACUUAAAGACCGCUUUUGAAACCCCGCAAAAGAAGGAUAAUUAUCGUCGCCGCUUGCGCUCGUAAUCGCCUGUAUGAGCACGUGGGUGUGAAAGUGUGUGUGUUGGCUUCCGCGCGUUCGCCUGAUGACAUCCACAAAUGUGUUCGUCCAAUGCUGCAUCCAGUGCGCAUGAAAAUAAUUUGUUGAAUAGUGUUAGAGUGGGCAUGGAAUCGCCGCCGUCACAUCUUUUGCAUCAACAACAACAACAAAAUUUACAACCCCAACAACAUACGUUAUCUGUGAUGCCAGUGAUGGCGGGCGGGGCAUUGCCACCGACAGCCGGUGGCGUUACAACGCUUCCGCUCCCCAUGCAAGCACAUGUUCCUAUACCCGGUUUAACGGCACACGGCAUUGGUCAGCCGCCGUCGGUAGCGCUGCCACCACAUGUGGCGCCCACAGUGCCGUUGUCACCAACAGUGGGACUACCAGCCGCUCCACCUGCCUCUAUACCGCCGGGCAUUGCGAAUGCUCCAAGUUUGGGUAGCAUCUUUGGAAAUGCGCAUUCAGCCCCACAUUCAACGCUCAAUGCCCUAAUGUCACAACAUCGCCUCUUGGAACUCUCUCGUUUCGGUUUGCGUGGCUACGAUUUGGCCCAACACAUGCUGACACAACAAGGCGCUGUCUCCAAGUUGUUGGGUACAUUGAGGCCACCUGGUUUAAUCGGCGGAUCAAAGCCAAAAGUUGCUACGCCCGCUGUAGUCUCGAAAAUCGAGCAAUACAAACGCGAUAAUCCGACAAUAUUUGCGUGGGAAAUACGCGAACGGCUGAUAUCGGAAGGUGUUUGCACGAAUGCUACGGCGCCCUCCGUAUCCUCCAUCAAUCGUAUAUUACGUAAUCGCGCGGCAGAACGUGCUGCUGCUGAAUUCGCACGCGCUACCAGUUAUGUUUAUAUGCAUCCCACACAUCCCGGCUUUCCGACAUGGCCGUCAACCUUACCACCACCACCGCCUCAUCUAUGGGCGCCUGGUGCAGCAGCAGCUGGCGCUGGUGGUGUUGGUGGCGGUUUCCCAAACAGUUUGCCCCAAGGUAGUCUUACACCGGCAAAUUCCAAUAUUUCCAUACCACCAAUAUCACCCGGGUCGGGUAGUCACGAGACAUUGGGAUCACCGGAUGCCAGUCGUUUGAUUGGUAGGAUUCUAGUUGAUUUCACGCUAGUUUCUUUAAUUAUUGAUAAAACGAAUAUGAUAUUUACAGAUAUUGAAGGCGAGGACUCUGACACAGAUGACAGCGAUCAGCCUAAAUUCCGUCGAAAUCGAACUACAUUCAAUUCCGAGCAGUUGGAUGAGCUGGAGAAGGAGUUCGAAAAGUCACAUUACCCUUGUGUGAGCACGAGAGAGAAAUUAGCAGCGCGCACUGCACUGAGUGAAGCGAGAGUUCAGGUUUGGUUUUCCAACAGACGAGCGAAAUGGCGCCGACACCAGCGGGUCAGCCAGCUGAAACAGCAGGGUUCCAACUCACCUCAGACACACUGCGCGAUGCAACGCAACCAUUCACCAGUCAACCCACAACGACCUCACCAUAUAUUGGAUGUGGAGAAUUACAACAACAGCAGCAAAGCGAAUGCAACAAACACUUACUACGGACUGCAAACGGGUACAACAGGCCAUACGUUGGACUAUACACACAAGCUUGUGAACGCUUUUAUCCCUACAGCAAAGCAAGACGGACAACAGUUCCACACGAACAUGAAUACAGUGAAUCUGCAGCAACACCAACAACAAAACCACGAAGCGCUCCAUCACAGCAGCGACUCAACGAAAUCAAAAGCGUUACCUUCGCAGCCACACGGCACUCCACCACCACCACCACCUGCGUUGGUCUUUCCAUCGCACACAGCAUCAGUUCCAUUAUUAAUGGGCGGUGAGCAUAGUGCUUUCCGCUCAAUGGUGGUGAAUCCCGUAUUGUCCGAGGCAAUGCUCGCGUUAAACUUCACCCGCCAAGUUGUCUCCGCCGCACAACAGUCGAAACUGCUGGCGAGCGGGGGCGAAAACGGCGAAGAUGACUCACCACUUUCUCACUCUAUCACACCCUCACCGACGAACACGACACACUCAAAGGUAUCAGAGGAGGAGAUAAAUGUGGUGCAAGAUGUGGAAAGUAGUGGGCAGUGCAAUGAGGAUAUGACAAAUUAUGAAAAAUAAGCAGAUCUGAGCCUGAGAGCUAAGCCCAAUACAACGCAGGAUUCCCAAGUCUGAUUAAAGCAAUUCUAACGGAGUAAAGUUGUGUGUAAUAUGUGUAUUUAGAGCGAAAUGAUUAGUCUUAAAGCUAUAUUAUAAGAGAGAGUUAUACAUUUGUAUAUAUGUAUAUAGCAAACUGAAUUCCAAGCGCUCUCUUUAUGUAUUUUAUAAUAAAUUUAUUCUCUCAAAUCAAAUUUAAGUAACUUAGUGCAAUUAAUUGUAAAUUAAAAUGAAAGUAAUUAAACUCUGGAAUAUAACUAAA